AGAGACUUUCGAGCUCCUCCUUUUUUCUUCUUCAAGCUUCCAGUCCCGCUCCAUCCAUCAAUGCCUCUAUUGCACUCCCAAAACGCACCGUUUCUUUUAUUACACUGGCAAAAGUCGAAGCGUGUUCUGUCUCCAAAUGUCGGCGGUAUCCCCGCAGCCCCUCGCUCGCUCCCUCGUCUUGCCGUGUCAACCCGGCCAAUCCGUCGAGAUCGUUGCUGCCACUGGCGUCUCCGAUUCCGAUUCAGGAAUGCUAUUGAUUCCUCCCUGCUUAAGCUGUGGCUAAAGAAUUUGCAAUCUGAAACUGGGAUUUUAGCUAAUGGCUGUUUUUCAUUAAAACGAGUACUUGUUCAGGUGUCUCUCUGUCAGUUUACAGAUUUGUUAAUUUCUCCACUAAUCGAUGAUCAAGUAGAGAUAGCUCAUUUGAUUUAUGGAUUAUGCUUAGUUACACCGUCACGUCUUGAAGUGCUAUUUCCUGGGACUGAAAUGAACUCUUGUUGAGUAACAUGACUAGAAUUCCUUGAUAUGCACGGGGGAUACAUGAACAACAUUUCCAAUUUCUCUGUUUCCAGUUUAAUCUCGUUGAAUGUAGGCAGGAAUAGAUGAAUGUUUCCAUGACUUCACAUAAUUGCUGCUAUAAAACAAAAGUGUAGCUUACUUGUGCCGCACCAUAA